UCCAUGCCGAGUGGGCCUCGUUUUAUUUUAAUUUGUAAAUUAUAAAAAGCAAAUCAAAGUUAAUUGUCGACGGUCUGCCCGUUGUUGGUGGCGGGUGUUGUUGUCGUCGUCGUUCGGGUUCAAGGUGCCUCUCUCGUCUCGUCGGCAGGAGCCCGUGUUGGCGAGGCACGUGGAAGAGUCGAGAGCGCAAGGUAUGAGCCACAAUGGCGCUGGCACCACCACCGCCGCCGCCGUUGUCCGCCGGUCACUGCGGCACACUGCGCCGCGAGCUCGGCCCAGACGCCGACACGGGCGGCCCCGCCGCACGGGGGCUACCGGCAGGAGCCGCGACCCCCCAGCUCGGAGACGGUAGCCCCCCGCCCCGGACCGACGCCGGCAGCCCGCGGCACCGAGCGCGCCACCUCGGGUCGCCGGCGCAGGAUGUCGUCGGCCCCGCCUCGACGACGCUCGCGCCUUGCCGCGCCGGUUCGGGCGAGCCGAGGCUCACGGGAAGGCGGAGGGUGCAGUCGGCGCGGCCGUCCGUCCGCCCGGCCCCCCGCGCCAGCGCCGCCUCACCGGCGCCGGGAGAGACGACGGUUUUCGGGCAGUGGCAGCGGUUGGAUUUCCUGCGUGGCAAAAGUUUGCGAAGGAAUUCGAGGACUGCCGCGGCGGGGUUGGGUACCGGUGGCGGUGGUGACGGCGUUUUACCGCGGAUCGUUUCGGGGUGGAGCGCACGUCCAGGCGCCGCUCCCCACCGCCAGCGCGACGUUUCGACGACGCAGCAGGUGGCACGCAAAUUCGGAGCUCACCCCGCGCACCGUACGUUACCAAAGCCACCGGCGCACGUGAACCCCUUCCUGAGACAGACGAGCGUCAAUUUGCUCUUGGACGGCACCGCUGCUGCUGCUGCUGCUGCUGGGUUUGUGGAGAACACCGUGCCGGCCGUCGAGACAAUCCAUGACCACCGGCUGCUCAACGGAGCGAACGCCGGCAGCGUGGCGAUGCCCGUGGGACCUGCCGCGCACGGCGGAGUGACGGACGCGUCGAGCGGCCCGGAGCUGCCCGUGAUGCAGCUGACGGCCGCCGUGCAGAGACUGGCCGCGGGUGUCGCGAGAAGCGGGAGCGAGCCAACGGUGAAUCCGCCAAGCGGCCCCAUCGCAUCGCUGCGCGAGUCUCCUCCGAGCGUCUGUCCGACGACGCUGACGAGGAAGCCCAAGCUGAGCUCGCGCAAGGCGAAAUCGGAUCGCGUGAAAAACCCGGACGCGAAGCCGAGCGCGGGCAGAACACGGGGCGGCCCUGGGAGCGCGCCGGCGCGCCGGGUCGGCGCGCGGCUCGCCGGCAAGAGCGGCGGCACGUCGGCUGCGCACUCGGGGCAGGGGCAAAGCGGGCGUGAGCUGGAGCAGCGCGGGUGGAGGGCCGGCAGUCCACCCUUGGAGUUGGGCAGCGGGGACUGUGGGCAGGACGGAGAAGAGGAGGAGGAGGAGGACGGGAGCGAGGCGGUGGAGGAUGACAGUUCGGAGGUCUCUUCCGCGCAGUCUGUGGACCUCAAUGGUGAUGACGAAGACGACCACGACGACGAGGAGGAGCUGCCGGAUGGACCGGACGAGGUGGGAGAUGAGGUGGACGUGAGUGACGGCAGCAGCACUGACGAUGAGGGAGGUGACUACGCUGCGGCCCUGGACCUCGCCGUGAGCACUGCCGCCUGCAGUGUGCCGGGCAGCGCCCAGGACGGGCAACCCAAGCCGGCGCUCGUGCCCAGCAUUUUCGACAACGUGCCGCCCACCAUCUACUUUGGCACCGCGGAGGAGACGGUCGCGACGCUGCCGUGGCCGCUGCGCAGGAAGCUCAAGUGGAAGAUGAGCCCCGUGACUCCGCAGGUCGUGCGGAAGGCGUUGGCGCGCUCCCACUUCCGCCCCACCGCCAAGAACCACGACUGGCUGGGCUGCUGGGGCCGCCACAUGAAGUCCCCGGGGUUCAGAGCACUGCGCGAGCACCAAAAGCUGAACCACUUCCCCGGCUCCUUCCAAAUCGGGCGCAAGGACCGGCUGUGGCGGAACCUCUCGCGGCUGCGCGCGCGGUUCGGCCGGCGCUCGUUCGGCUUCGUGCCGCUCUCGUUCGUGCUGCCGCAGGACACCCGCGCCCUCCGCCUCGCGUGGGCCGGAAGUGGCGGCGGCGGCGGCGGCGGCGGCGGCAGCGGCAGCGGCAGCGGCGGCGGCACCCACGUGCGCUGGAUCGUGAAGCCGCCGGCGUCGGCGAGGGGGAUCGGGAUCAAGGUGGUCAGCAAGUGGAGCCAGCUGCCCAAGAUGAGGCCUCUACUUGUACAGAGGUACCUGCACAAGCCCUACCUCAUAGAGGGCAGCAAGUUCGACCUGCGCAUCUACGUGUACGUGAGCUCGUACAACCCCCUGCGUGUCUACGUGUUCAAGGACGGCCUGGUGCGCUUCGCCAGCUGCAAGUACUCCUCUGCCACGAAGACUCUGGGCAACCGCUUCAUGCACCUGACGAACUACAGCGUCAACAAGAACAACGCGGCCUACAGGAGCAACGACGACCGCACCCAGUGCGAGGGCCACAAGUGGGCCUUGAAAGCGCUGUGGGGCUACCUGUGUGACAAGGGAGUCAACUGCCGCCUGAUAUGGGAGCAGAUCAAGGAUAUCGCCGUCAAGACCGUCAUCGCCUCGGAGCCGUUUGUGAGCAGCCUGCUCGCCCAGUUUGUGGGGAACCGCCGCUCCUGCCACGAGCUCUUUGGCUUCGACGUCAUGCUGGACGAGAAGCUCAAGCCCUGGCUGCUGGAGGUCAACAUCUCGCCCAGCCUCCAUUCGAACUCGCCGCUCGACGUCGCUGUCAAGGGCCAGAUGAUCAAGGACCUGUUGAACAUGGCUGGCUUCCAAAUUCCAGCCAGCGAGCGGAUUCCCAGCUUGCAGGGAGGCGGUGACGGAGCGAGGACCGGGAGCGACGUUGCCACCAACGAGCGCUCCAAGCACGCGUUCUACCUCUCCCCACGCAACCUCGACGAGCGCGGCACGCUGCUGGACACGCUGACGCCGGGCGACGUGCGGGUGCUGGUGGAGGCGGAGGACGAGCUGCGGCGGUGCGGGCACUUCGAGCGUGCGUUCCCCUCUCCCGCCCCGCGCUACCUCGUCUUCUUCGCGCAGCAGCGCUACCACGACCUCCUGCUGCACCGCUGGACGUUGGCGCACCCGCCCGGCACCACAGCAGGCAUCGAUCUUCUGAAGCGCCUUUGCAAGAAGGGCGUUCACCUGGGCCCUGCAGAGGACCCCGCCCACAUCUGGACUCCGUCGGCGAGGUCGGAGCCUCGUCCCCGCGCCGUCGUCACUGGCGAGGCCGCCAGCGCCAGGGCGGCCAAGCCUCCCGCGAAGCAGCCGGAGGAACGGGAGAAGGUGCCUACACCUGGGCCCCAGGUGUGCGGCAUAAGCUCCAGCCUCGGCUUCUUGGCUCUCUCGCAAACCCAGGGCGUCCACCGAGCCCUCCGCGCGGCCGGGAGCGUGGGCGACGUCUCUUGACACCUCCGCGCAAACCGCCGCCCGUCAUCCCGUCGUCAUCCCACACCUCUCGACAGCCCUGCCUCCCGAGUCGCCCGGCCCCAUCUACCACAUCUCGCACGUCAGGAGAUUGUGGAAGGGUUGUCCCCUACUACGCAAAAGGUGGUACGCUCCGAGGCAGCCGUCCACACCUGGGAAGAAGUUGCGAUAUGAUGGUGCGUGCUGCCAGCGGGGCGA